AUGGGGAAACAGAAUAGCAAGCUCGCCCCUGAGGUGAUGGAGGAUCUGGUGAAGAGUACGGAGUUCAAUGAACAUGAGCUAAAACAGUGGUACAAAGGAUUUCUAAAGGACUGUCCAAGUGGUAGACUGAACCUUGAGGAGUUUCAGCAGCUCUACGUAAAAUUCUUCCCCUAUGGAGAUGCUUCAAAGUUUGCCCAGCAUGCCUUCCGAACCUUCGAUAAAAAUGGAGACGGGACCAUCGACUUCAGAGAGUUCAUUUGUGCACUGUCCAUCACCUCACGAGGCAGCUUUGAGCAAAAGCUAAACUGGGCCUUCAACAUGUACGACUUGGAUGGUGAUGGUAAAAUUACGAGAGUGGAAAUGCUGGAAAUUAUAGAGGCUAUCUACAAAAUGGUGGGCACUGUGAUAAUGAUGAAAAUGAAUGAGGAUGGUCUGACGCCUGAGCAACGGGUAGACAAGAUCUUCAGUAAGAUGGAUAAGAACAAAGAUGAUCAGAUCACACUGGAUGAAUUCAAAGAAGCUGCAAAGAGUGAUCCUUCCAUUGUAUUACUCCUGCAGUGUGACAUUCAAAAAUGA